AUGCCAAUCGGGAAGUUAGAACCGUUUAAUUUAAGUUCUAAACAAUGGCCGGCAUACAUACGCCGAGUUAAUCAGUAUAUUUUACUAAAUGACGUCAAGGAUAACCUUAAAGUGCCCAUGCUCAUAACCGUCGUGGGGGAAGCAACAUAUGCACUGAUGUGUGACCUAUGUUCCCCGGACUUUCCUGAGAACAAAACCUACGAAGAAUUAGUGAAGUUGGUUACGGGUCAUUUGGAACCACAGCGAUCGGAGAUCGCUGAGCGGCACGUGUUCAGGCUGCGGCGACAGCGUGAGGGCGAACCUCUGGCGGAGUAUCUACAAGCACUCAAACAUCUGGCAACAACUUGCAAUUUUGGCAAAUGUAAACAGUGUUCUACUCUGGAAGAAAAUCUGAGGGACCAAUUUGUGUCGGGCCUGGCAAAUGACGCAAUGCGUUCAAGAAUAUUUGCCGAAAGAAAGAUUGAAUACAAGGAAGCGGUGGAGUUAGCACUAGCUCUGGAGGCUGCAGAGAAGCACGCGGAGCUGAUCGAUAAAGAACCGGUUUACGUUCGCGCGAGGCCCGUGCCUUUGGCGAUGCGCGCGCGCGUCGAGCGCGAGCUGGCUCGGCUGGAGUCUGACGGCACUAUUUACCGCGUCGAUUAUUCAGAUUAUGGCACACCUAUUGUACCAGUUGUUAAGAAAAAUGGGGAUAUACGGAUAUGUGGGGAUUAUAAGAUUACGAUUAAUCCUAAACUCAAGCGUGAUUAUUACCCCUUGCCGCGUAUUGAUGAAUUAUUUGCGAAAUUAAGUGGGGGAGAAAAAUUUACAAAAGUCGAUCUCACCCACGCUUAUGAACAAUGUAUUUUAACAAAAGAGUCUCAACCCUUCACCGCCAUAACUACGCACCUUGGAACAUAUGCGUACCGUCGGACGCCAUACGGUUUAGCUUGUAUUCCCGAAAAGUUUCAAAAGUUAAUGGAAGAAACACUACGGGGCAUUCCGGGUUGUGUAGUUUUUCUUGAUGAUAUUUGUAUAACAGGUAGCAAUGAUAAAGAACACAUCAGUAAUGUGCGGGCUGUUCUCGAUAGGUUGCGCGAGGCGGGACUGACUGUUAAACUAAGUAAAUGUAGUUUUUUACAAGAAAGUGUUAAAUACUUAGGUUAUAUUAUUGAUAAGGAGGGCCUGCGACCCGAUACUAGCAAACUCGAUGCUAUUUCCAACGCACCUAGACCGGAAAAUAUAACCCAGCUAAAAAGUUUCCUGGGCAUGUUAAAUUAUUAUGGAAAAUUUAUAAGCAAUUUGAGUACGCUAUUAUAUCCAUUACACAAUUUAUUAAAAAAAGACGUGCGCUGGAAAUGGGACCGUUGUUGUGAGCGAGCAUUUAAUGAAGCCAAGCGAGUUCUCCUGGGCGAUCGAGUGUUAGCACACUACGAGGAGGGGCGGCCACUCGUACUGUCGGUGGACAGCAGCGCGUACGGGCUCGGCGCUGUGCUUGCUCACCGCUACUCGGACGGCAGCGAGCGCCCUAUUAGCUGUGUGUCUCGCACGCUAAACGCGGCGGAGCGAAAUUAUAGUCAACUCGAUAAGGAGGCGCUCGCAAUAUUGUUUGGUGUAACAAAACACCAUCAAUACUUGUUUGGUAGAAGUUUUAUAUUACGCACAGAUCAUCAGCCGCUGACGCACAUAUUUGGCGCUAAGGGUGGCAUCCCACAGACGGCGGCCAGUCGGUUACAGCGAUGGGCGGCACGCUUGGCCGCAUACGCGUUCACAACGGAAUUCGUUCGCUCGGCCGACAAUGGACCGGCCGAUGCUUUAUCGCGGUUACCGUUACCCCAGGAGGCUCGGCUGGUGGAUUCAAUUAAUUAUAUUAAUUUGAUAGAGGAAUCUUUUCCUAUAAGUUUUAAGGAUGUUGCCAGGGAGACUGAAAAGGAUUCAGUAUUAUGUAAAAUAAAGGGUUACGUAACCUUUGGUUGGCCGUUAACAGUGACGGAUGCCGAGAAACCAUAUGCUGCAAGGAAACAGGAUUUAUCUGUAGAACUAGGAUGUCUCGUUUAUAGAUAUAGGGUUGUGAUACCGAGUUCACUACAGAAACAGGUUUUAGCGGAAAUACACGAUGGGCACCUGGGAAUUAAUAAAAUGAAAAAUCUGUCACGAAAUUAUGUGUAUUGGCCUAAUUUAGAUAGGGAUAUAGAGGAUGCAUGCCGCGGGUGCACGGCGUGUGGCGCAGUGCGCGACGCGCCGCCGCAUGCGCCGCUGCACCCGUGGGAGUUUCCACUACAUCCAUGGCACCGGGUACAUGCGGAUUUUGCGGAUUGCGGGGGUACACGGUAUUUAAUAAUGGUCGACGCCUAUUCAAAAUGGAUAGAAGCUAUUGCCAUGCGGAAAACGGAUGCGCAGGCAACUAUCUCAGCAAUGAGAGGCAUUUUUUCUCGUUUCGGGUUACCGUCAUUACUCGUCACUGAUAACGGACCUCCAUUUACCUCGCAGGAGUUUAAAACAUUUUGUAAGAAAAAUUGUAUGAAACAUGUGACCACAGCUCCUUAUAGACCGCAGGGAAAUGGAGCAGCAGAAAACGCGGUUAAAACCGUAAAAAAAGCAAUCAAACGUGCCUUGUGCGAGGGCGAAAACGUUGCCACGGCCCUAGAUAAAUUUUUGUUUAAAUAUCGUAAUUGUCAACAUGCAACGACGGGCGUGUCGCCUGCGGUGGCUUUGCAAGGACGUAGGCUACGCGGGCGUCUCGACGCGUUGCGACCAGAUGUGUCGGCCGUAGUGCGCAGCGCACAAGAGCGGCAAGUGGCCGCUGCAGGCGGCACGCCGCGUACGCUGGCGCCUAAUGACACUGUGCUGGCCCGGGACUAUAGCGCGAGGGGAGGUAAGUGGUUACAGGGCACAGUAGUCGAACAGACGGGACCGGUCUCGUACAAGGUAGACGUUGGGCGCGGAGAUUGCUGGCGAAGACAUGUUGAUCAAAUUGUACCUAUAUACAACAAGAAUCGCCACUCGUUAUCUCGAACAAGCAUUGUUUCCGCUAGUAAAGAUAUAUCACCAGACCGGGAGGUUCCCCCGGUCCGUGAGGAGACUGAGGACACAUUUGAGGACGCUUCUGACGAUGUCGGUGAGAAUUCACAAAAGACUGUUACUGAAGCGGCGUCAGAGCCGGUAACCACACCACCACCGCCAGGAGCGUCUGCUCGUGCUCUGCGAGCUUAUAAUCGGGCACGUCUUCAUUCAUAG